AUGUCACCUUCUACGAUCUAUACAUUUGGGAACGAUAAUGGCAUCGAUGCCUUAACUCCCUCUGAAAAGAAAAUCUCCAACCACGAGACCGAAAUGGGAAAACCACAAGAUGUGGAGAAUGCUGCUGGCCAGUUGGAGGAGACCAAAGAGUUCAAGCAGGGUCUGCACCAGCGCCAUAUUCAGAUGAUUGCCCUCGCUGGCACGGUUGGCACGGGUCUCUUUCUCAGUUCAGGACGAGCAAUUGUCUAUGCUGGCCCGCUGGGUGCAUUUCUUGCAUACACCGUCAUUGGCCUCACUGUCUCGAGUGUCGUAUGGGGUGUUGGAGAAAUGGCGUUCGCCAAUGGAUGGAACCAAGUUUAUUCCUACAUUGUCUCGAUUCCCUCUGAAAUUGUUGCCGCCGCCGUUAUUAUCGAAUUUUGGACAACUAUCAACAACGCCAUUUGGAUCACCGUCUUUGGUUUGUUGAUGCUGAGUACCGCUUUGAUAUUCGUCCGAGUAUAUGGAGAACUGGAGUUCGGGUUUUCCAUUUUGAAAAUCAUGCUCAUAAUUGGAAUCAACAUCAUGGCUCUGGUGAUUACAUGCGGUGGAGCCCCAAACCACAAAUCCAUUGGCUUCGCCUACUGGAAAGCACCGUAUGGACCUAUGGUGCAGUACUUAGGGCUUCCUGGUGCGCUGGGUAGAUUCCUGGGAUUCUGGAAAACAUUUGACAACGCUUUAUACGCCUAUUCCGGAAUCGAAAAUAUCACUGUCGCAGCUGCCGAAACCCGUUGUCCUCGCCAGGCUAUUCCCAUGGCUGCCAGACGCAUCUUUAUCCGGAUUUUGCUCUUCUACGUGAUCACCAUCUUCAUGGUCGGCCUGGUCGUCGCAUCGACUAAUGAUGCUCUGCUCGGCUCAACAGGCACUGCUGCCCAAUCACCAUUUGUGAUUGCCGCUCGCGAUGCCGGUAUCAAGGUUGUGCCCUCCAUUAUCAACGCCGUCGUCCUCACCUCAGCAUGGUCCUCGGGUAACUCCAACAUGCUUGGUGGAUCUCGUAUUCUCUAUGGAAUGGCAUCUCAAGGUCAUGCCCCCGCCGUUUUCAAGCGUAUCAACCGCUUCGGCAUCCCUUACGUCGCCGUCUCUCUUUAUGGCUUAUUCAUGGCUCUGGGAUACAUGACUCUGUCCAGCUCAGCAAGCAAUGUCUUUACAUGGCUGCAAGACCUCGUCUCGAUUUCCACCUUGGUCAACUGGAUCUGCAUUUGUGUUGUCUAUCUGCGAUUCCUCUACGGAUGCAAGAAGCAGGGAAUCGACCGCCACACGGAGCUUCCGUGGGCUGCACCAUUCCAGCCCUACACGACUUGGGUUUCUUUGGUCGUGUUCAUUCUUCUUUUCCUUACAGGAGGUUUUACUACCUUUAUGAACGGGCGUUGGAGCACGGAGACGUUCAUCUCAUCAUACUUCAACCUUCCCUUUAUCGUGAUUGUAUACUUUGCCUACAAGUUCUGGAUGAAGACCAAGAUCAUUCCGCUGGCGGAAAUCCCUAUUCGCCCUUUCAUCGAAAGCUACCAGAAUAACCCUGAGCCGGAGCCCAAGCCGAAGCGGGGUCUCAACAGGCUUAAUAUCUUGUGGUCUUGA